CCCUUCAUCCCUCUCUCAAACACUCCAACACAAGGACUCUCUCUUUCCUCAAGAUGACGGCAGGGUUGUGUGUGUGUGUUCUGUUGGUGGUCCUGUCCACUAGCUGUUUGGGACGACCCCAGUCCUCUCCCCCCCUCCAAGAGGGCGACCCUGCCAUGCCCCCUUCCUCUGAAGCACGUCUUGAAGCCUACGCCCACUUCCUCUCCAAGCCACGCCUCAGACAGACACGCUCCGCCCCUUUGGACAAUACCGUCCCAUAUACGGCAGAAGAAGAUGGAGACUCCAGAGCCAACCUCAGUGAAUUGUUGGCUAGACUCAUCUCCUCACGGAAAGGUUCUAUCCGUAAGAACUCAACAGUGAACAGCAGAGCUAGCGGUCUCAGUGCUAACCACCGGAUAAAAGACCGAGACUACAAUGGGUGGAUGGACUUCGGCCGCCGCAGUGCAGAAGAGUACGAGUACUCCUUGUAAAAAAAGUAGUCACUCUCUACGAGAAAACAACAAACUCAGUCACUGUCCCGCGAUAAGAGUAUAUUUAUUCUGUAUUUGUUUGUAAACACUACAUGAUGCAAUAUAUACAUAUGCCAAAUUUUUCAGGAAAUGUUUGAAGUUCUGGUUUUCUUUCCUGGUGUUCUGUCUGUUUAUGGUUUUGGAGGGAAUUGAAUGGAAUGAAAAAAGGUCAGGUGUUAAUGGAAAAAUAUAUAUGAUGUCAUGAGAUUAACUUGGAUCAAUAAAAGU